UAUUGGAACAGAUAUUAGAUUUGGAGCGCGCGCCAUUUUUCAGUCUGUCUGCCAGUACGUAGCUCGCUGCAGGUAUGCCACGUUGUGCAAGUUGUGGCUGUUGGUAUGGUCCUGCGUCAAAGGAGCGCGGCGUAAGCUUCCACAAGUUUCCAAGAGACUACGAUAGGCUACACAGGUGGUUGGUCAGCAUGAGGAACAAUCUUGUAAAUAAACUGACGCCAGAGAAAAUCAAGGAGUUAGUACACAAGAAGGGCUUCCACUGGCGGGUGUGUUCAGACCAUUUCCAGCCCGGAUGCUUCACGCGAAAGUCAUUCUUGAAAAGGCAGCUGUGCCCUGACCACACAACUUACCUGGAACUUGAGAAAGAUGCUGUACCGACCCUGUUCUCGGGACCGGGUGAGAAUGACAGGAAGCAGUGCCGUCCACCUUCAAAGUAUCAGCAUAGGAAUGAGCAUUCACGGGUACGUGUGAUAAAGAUGCGAAAGGAAGACAACAGAAGGAGGCAGGAGCCAGGGCUGAAAGAGCUAAAGAACGCAGGAAGAAGCGGAUCGCCGAACAACAAGCAACCCCGACUGCAGCGAAAAGGACACCGCAAAACCCCACUGUGCACCCCUGUGCAGGUCGCUCUUUCUGAGGAAGCCCUUCCAACCGUGUUUUGUGGUGAGAAGAAAACACGGGAGUCGCCAGAUCGUCAACGUGAGAAGAGAGGUCGAAAACAGGCACCAGAAGUGGAGCUGAUCAGUUCAGUGAAGAAGACUGCCAAAAGAAAGCGAACUGAGGACACCCCAGACGUGCCAGCCGAGAACCUGAGUGUAAACCUGCAGAGUCAGCUCAGCCGAUGGAAGGGGGCCUGUAAGGCACUGAGGCUCACAGACGACCAGAUGGCCAAGUUCCUGCUAGACAGGUAUUACAAAGGCGACCAGUCUUCAGCCUACACGGGCAGUCAGAGUACCCACAAAACACUGCUGCUAGACCGGGGGUUACUGACUCUGUGGAACGACUCCAUGGCAGACAAGGGCUUCAGCAGUGAUAAAGAUUUCCUCUGGUUCCUGCUGCUUGGGCCUCAGAAGUCUGGCACAGACAGUGAAGGGUUAACUGUCAGAGAUCAUGGGGCCUCAGACGAAUGUGUGCCCGUGAAGGUACAUUACGUAGGGCCUGGUUAUACAGCUCCAGAUACCAGCCAAGACUUACUAGUAAAUGAUGCUGCAAAUUGUCCACAGAUUUUACAACCUCCGACUUGUAAGCCCAGCCUCACACAGAGCAAGAAUAUGACUGAAACAGAGAUGACGACACCUGUGCCUGCGACUUCACCAAACAAUGAAUUGCAGACGCCCACACAUAAGAAGUGUAGAAAGCAAGUACAUGUACUUGAACCAAAAAAAGAUGAGCCAGUAUUUCCUAAGACUUUGGGCAAGGAGGACAGUCAUUGUGACUUUGUGAGGAUUGGGGACACUGAUACAGAUCCAGUGCAACCAGAGAAGGUGGGAGUGAGAGAGAAUGGAGCAUCCACACCUUUCACAGCUACUCAAAAACCAAGCAACACACACUCACCAAACAAGGCAAAGAGAAGAAAGUAUCUUGUACCAGGACCAAGGGAGGAACCUGCCAAGGACAUGAAUGGCUUAAGUACUUCUGAAAACAGCAACACAUGUUCUCAGCCAACUGCUGGUGAACUUGACAUACAUUUGAAAGAGAAGGAUGAACUAGAGAUAGACCUUAAUGACUGUGAUGAUAGCAUUACAUCCUCUCAUCUAUGUUCAAGUGCAGUUCCUAUUCCUGUUAAACAAGAAGAUGACCACAGCCCCAUCUUGUCUUCUCAGUUAAUUUGGGGUGGCACAGUCCGUACUAAGGUGGAGAAGGAAGAUGAACAUGGGAUGAACCUUUGUAGUUUUGACAACACAAACGUAUCAUGUCCUCAGCUUGGUUCUAACAUUAAGGAAGAGGAUAAAGUAGAAUAUAACAAUUAUAGCAACACUAAUAGUAAUACAUCUCAGUCGAGUAAUGAUACAGUUAGUAUCAAAGUUGAGAAGGAAGAUGGACUGGAGAUGGACUUUCAUACAGAUACAUCUUCACACCUGAGUUUUGAUACAGAUAACAUCAAGGAAGAGGAGCUAGAGACUCACCUGGAUAUGGCAAUCGUGACAACAUCAAAACACCUGGACUGAAUUGUGAUGUAGUUGAGAAGUAAGGUGACCAAUAGAGGAACAUCUCAGUUUGUUGCAUAGUGCACCCACAUGUAUUGUUGUUGCACGUUGAAUAGAGAAAGAAAGAAACAGUUGUGAUGUAGGACAGUUGGUACUGGUAUGAAGGAGGAAUUCGAGCUGAAGUAGCGACAUUGGUUAUAGACAAGUUAUGAAUUGAACCAUGUGUUUUGAAUAAUAAG